CGUAAACACCUCGGAUGACCUCGAGGCGUCAUUAGAAGCUACUCGCCGCAGUGGGUGACGCCGCGGCUGCUAUCCGCGCCCGCGGGCCUCAGCGCGCACACGAGCCGCGACCCUCGCCACACCAACAACAACAUGUCGUUGGCAGUGCUGCGCGGCGAGCCCACCGCGGCGCAGCUGUUCCUCGACCAGCGGCUGCGGGACGCGGCACAGGCGGCAGCGGGCGCGGGAGCGGGCGCGGGCGCCGUCACACUGCCGCACCUGCUCUAUCACUGCAUGCUCUCGCGACCAAACAACGUUCACAUGAUAAAUGGCGUGAGUGGUGAGAGCUUCACCAACGAGCAGCUAUUGCAUCGCGCGAUCCCGCUCGCGCGCGCCCUGUCGGCGCGGGGUGCGAGCGGGACGGCGAUAAUGUGCGUGAUGCGCAACCACGAGCGGCUGGUGGCGCUGUACUACGCCGCGCUGCUGGCCGGCGCCGCGCCGCUGCUGCUGGACCCGCACUGCACGCAGCGUGAACUGGCCCACUUCCUACCGCUGGUCCGUCCGCGGCUGGUCCUGUGCGACGCGGACCGCCGCGAUGUCGUGCGUGCCGCGCUGGUGCUGGGCGGGGACCUCACUGACCGCGACCUGAUCACCGACGACCAGCUGGACCAGUUCACUGCUGGACACCACGGUGAUCUGGAGCACUUCCAGCCAGCAGCGGUGGCCGAGGACGCGCGUGCGGUGAUGUUGCCGACGAGCGGCUCCACCGGGCUGGCCAAGGCGGCUGAGAUCACGCACAGUGCUCUAGUAAGGCAGCUGCCCUCGCUUUGGUCGCACGACGCUCGCUUCCCGCGGCCGACGGAGCGCGCGCUCGUCACCUCCACGGCGCAGUGGAUGACCUUCACCAACAUGCUGACCACCUGCCCCGUCUACGAAGUCACGCUCGUCCUCACGCCCGACAGGUCGCUGCCCACCGUCCUGCGAAUCAUGGAGACCUACAAGCCGACGUGGAUGCUGCUGAGCCCCGCGUCGGCGGCGGACGUGGCGGCGGCGGCCCCGCCGGCGCUGCGCUGCCUGCGCCGGGCGCUGCUCACGGGCGCCGCGCCGCCGCCCGCCGCGCUGCGGGGCCUGCAGCGGGCCGCGCCCUCGGCCCAGGUGCUCAACUCCUACGGCAUGACGGAGGCGCAGGGGUUCGUAGCGCACGCGGACUCUGACACGCCCCUAGGCUCCAUCGGGAAGAUCUACAACAUCUUUAAAUACAAGUUGGUGGACGAAGAUGAGAAGGAGGUGGCGCUCGGUGAGAAGGGAGAGCUGUACCUGUGGAGUGACUGCAUCAUAAAGCGCUACGUAAACAACGAGGAAGCGUACAAGGAGAGCGUGGCGGCGGGCGGCUGGUGGCGCACCGGGGACCUGUUCACAGAGGACGGGCGCGGGAACUUGCACUUCGUGGCGCGGAAGAAGUUCUGGUUCAAGCACCUCAACUACCAGAUAUCUCCGGAAGAGCUGGAGCAAGUUAUCGGCUCGGUGCCCGGCGUGCGCGAGGCGGCCGUGGCGGGCUGCGCCCGCGGCGCCGCCGCCGCCGUCGUGGCCGCGGACGGGCGGCGCCUGCGCAGGGCCGACGUGCACCGCGCCGUCAACGAGGCGGUGAGUGAGUACAAGCGGCUGCAUGGCGGCAUCGCGUUCGUGACGUCACUGCCGCGCACGCACACCGGCAAGCUGGACCGCGCCGCCUGCGCCGCGCUGCUGCAGCAGCUGGUGGACAGCGGCCAGUGCUGCUGACCGUACCCCGGCACGUCACGUCAUUGUUUAUUCAAAUAAAACAAUAAAGCUUAGCUUGAA